GAGGACAUGGUUGAAUGUCCCUACAAUAAGGCUCACCGUAUGUUAAGGAAACGUUUGCAGUCGCAUCUUCUCAAGUGUCGCCUGCAGUAUCCAAAUGUUGAACUAAGGAAAUGUCCUUUCAAUUUGUCACAUUUGAUACCCGAACCUGAGUUUACACAUCAUGCCACGAACUGCCCAGAUCGUAAAUUGAUAACACAAUAUAAAUAUGAUGCUCCCGAAGAUUUGGAUGAGGAAAAGCCUAAACAUGCGCCCAUUGAAAGUGAAGAAAACUGGGAUGAGACAGAUGUAGCCGAUUACGACCCGAGCACUUAUGUGGAGAAGGCAACUGUCAUCAGGUGUCCUCAGGGUCCAACACCAUCGGAACGCAAGGAAUUUAUAAAGCAGGAACGAAAACGUUUGGGUGAUGUUGAUAGCGAGGGCGACGACGAUAAUGAUGGUGUAGAAGUGUUGGAACCUAGAAGUGAAUCUCGUAAUAGUGAACGCUGGGAACGUUCAAGAAGUAAAUCUCCAGCACAAAGAACUAAUCGUAGUGAUAGAAUAUAUAAUUGUAAUGAUGAGCCUUAUUACAAUCGUCCUGUAAAUAUAGAGAAUGCACCAAGAAAUGAUUCUAGAAACAAUCAUAGACGAUAUGAACGUACUCCACCGCCACCACCAAAUAUAUCUGGCAGUGAUAACAGAGCGUAUAAUUGUGACGAUGAUCCAUAUUAUAGAAGUAAUGCCACAUCAACAUCAUCUCGUUCUUAUCACGAAAAAGAUGAUCGAUAUCGCCGUCAGCGUCCACGUUCACCAAAACGACGUUCUUCCAGAGAUCAAUUGCCACCAAAAAAAAUUUAUACACAUAAUUCAAAAUCAAGAUAUUCCAAAGAACGUUCGCCAUCGAGAAAUACAAGAGGUUAUUCUCCUUCUAAUCAUAAAAAGUCAAAAUACUCUGAUAGCCGAGAAUCUCAUAGACAUAGGAGUCGAUCACCCACAUAUAGUCGGAGACGGAAUGAUAAUUAUUAA